AUGACACUGCAUUACAUAGAAGAAAAAUCAUACAAUCGAUUUUCAUAUGUUCUAGCAUGUCAACGAAUAGAAGGAAGCCAUAAUUAUUCAAACAUUGCUAAAUGUAUUUCUAAAGUUAUGAAUAGUUAUAAAAUUAAUGUCACAAAAAUAACACAUACAGUUACAGACAAUGCCAGUAAUUUUGGUAAAGCCUUUCGUGUUUAUGCACAACAAUUUGCACCGCCUGAAACAGUUUCAAAAAAUAAUGUCACUUUAGAUGCUCAAAAUAUUAAUAUAUUGAUGGAUGCUUUCGACCAAAAUACUGAACACCAUUUUGAACUAGAAUCUGAAUUUUUACAAAAUGAUGUUGAAAAUGAUCCGGAUGAUAUUAUAGAUGUAGUUAAUGUUUCUGAUAUUUUAACUAUAGCUUCCAACAACUAUAAUGAAUAUUCUGAAGACAAUGAUGAUUUGGAUAUAAUUCUUUCUAAUCAUAUAACAUGCUCUGCACACACUCUCAAUUUAGUUGCUACCAUUGAUACUUCAAAAAUUACUAAUAAUCAAUACAAAAUAAUAUCUAGAUCUGCUUUUGGUAAAUUGACAGCCUUCUGGAAUUUAGUUAGCAGGAGUACAAUGGCAUCGGAUGUAGUUUUUAAUAUAUGUAAGUGUAAAUUCCCUUUACCCGUAAUAACUCGAUGGAAUUCAUUUUAUGAUGCGAUCAAAAAAAUUAUGCUUUGCGGUGAAAAAAUAAUUGAGUGCUUUGAAAAAUUGAAGCUGAGUCAAUUAAAAACAACAGAAUGGAAUUUUUUGGAAGAAUACAUUAAAGUUAUGCAGCCUUUGACAACAGCUUUGGAUAAACUCCAAGGUGAAAAAUCCUGUUACCUUGGUUAUGUUGCUCCAACUAUUAUAGCAAUUAGACGUAUACUAUUAAACCAAAGCCAUUUGACCUAUUGCAAGCCAUUGUCUUUAUCUAUUAUAAAAGGUCUUGAAAAACGAUACUCUUUUAUUUUUGAUUUAAAUGAUCCAAAAAGUAAGCCCUAUAUAUUGUCGUCGGUGACCCUUCCAAAAUUUAAACUCAGUUGGGUGCCUUCUCAGUUCUCUGAUAUUUGUAAAAAUUUAUUUCUGUUAGAAUGCAAUGAAGUUUGUUCUAUUAUGAAUACGGAAUCUGGACCUUCUACAACAGACAAUGAUAGUGGCGAUGAAUUUUAUACACCAAUUUCCAAUUCUCAACUAAGUACAUCACCAUUAGAAAGUUCCAAUCAGCAUAGAUCUGAAAACUUGGCUAGUGUACAAGGAUUAUCUUACUUAAAUUCCAAAAAGAAAGAUGGAAAAGAUUUAAUAAUUCUAGACCAUUAUCCAAUAGUAAAACAUAUAUUUUUAAAAUACAAUACUACAUUACCAUCUUCAGCACCAGUUGAAAGGCUCUUUAGCAAUGGAAGUCAAAUUUUAACUCCAAGAAGGAAUCGUUUGAAUGACAAGACGUUUGAGAUGUUAAUGUGUUUAAAAUCUAACAAGUUUAAUGUAUAA